GUCUAAAACAUAAUUAAAAUGUUUAAAAAAAAUCGAUGUUUUGGUGUAAAAAAAAUCUAGACGAUCUUGAGACGCAACAAUGGCUAUAGUGCGUUAUUUUGAAAACAAGCGAAAGCUUGCCAGUUUCGUUUCCCAGGAACUGCGUCGAGCUGCGCAGCUUUGACGCUCGCUACCUUCCCCCGUCAUACUCGAGGACAUGGGACCGUGAAAGUAUGGCGGAUGCCGAGGAGCCGGAGAAGAAAAGAAGGCGAAUAGAGGACCUGACUGAGAAGUUAGUGACGAAAGCUAAUGAAAGAAUGGCUGUAGAUGGUGGCGCCUGCGACUGGGACGGCCGGUGGAAUCACGUGAGGAAGUUCCUGGAGAGACCUGGCCCGUUCACCCAUCCUGACUUUGAGCCCAGCACAGAGUCUCUGCAGUUCCUGUUAGAGACCUGCAAGAUUUUGGUGAUCGGUGCAGGCGGGCUUGGAUGCGAAUUGCUUAAAGAUCUGGCCCUGUCUGGGUUCCGCCUCAUUCAUGUGGUUGACAUGGACACUAUUGACAUGUCCAACCUCAAUAGGCAGUUUCUUUUCAGACCUAAAGAUGUUGGACGACCAAAAGCAGAAGUGGCUGCCGACUUCAUUAACAGUCGCAUCCCUGGAUGUAAAGUUGUCCCUCACUUAAAAAAAAUUCAGGACUUUGACGAGUCUUUCUACAGGCAGUUCCACAUUAUUGUCUGUGGGCUGGACUCCAUCAUCGCCAGGCGAUGGAUGAACGGCAUGCUGAUAUCGCUUCUGAGCUAUGAAGAUGGAAUACUAGAUCCCAGCUCCAUCAUCCCCCUUAUUGACGGCGGUACGGAAGGCUUUAAAGGAAAUGCUCGUGUCAUUUUGCCAGGCAUGACGGCGUGCAUCGACUGCACACUGGAGCUGUACCCCCCGCAGACUCAUUUUCCAAUGUGCACCAUUGCGUCCAUGCCAAGGCUCCCUGAACAUUGCAUUGAAUAUGCCAGAAUGUUGCAGUGGCCGAAAGAAAAGCCAUUUGGAGAAACAAGUUUAGACGGAGACAAUCCCGAGCACAUCCAGUGGGUGUUUGACCGAGCACUAGAGCGAGCCGCACAGUUCAACAUCACAGGAGUCACAUACAGACUCACUCAAGGUGUUGUGAAGCGGAUCAUUCCUGCCGUGGCAUCGACUAAUGCCGUUAUUGCUGCUGCUUGUGCAAGUGAAGUUUUUAAAAUUGCUACAAGUGCAUAUAUUCCUUUAAAUAAUUACCUGGUCUUCAAUGACGUGGAUGGACUCUAUACUUACAGUUUUGAAGCGGAACGAAAGGAUAACUGUUCAGCGUGCAGUCAGGUGCCUCAAGACCUCCAGUUCCCACCUUCUGCAAAACUACAGGAGGUUUUAGCGUACCUGACAGAGAAUGCCUCCUUACAAAUGAAAUCUCCAGCUAUCACUACAACUCUGGAGGGCAAAAAUAAGACACUCUAUCUGCAGUCUGUUAAGUCAAUCGAAGAACGAACCAGGCCAAACCUCUGCAAAACCUUAAAAGAGCUGGGCUUGUCGGACGGACAGGAACUAGCCGUGGCAGAUGUCACCACGCCUCAGACUGUCCUCUUCAAGCUCAAUUUCACUGCCUGAAUGCCAUUUGGAAUGCAUAGCACUGAUGUGAUGUUUGACUUCCUCUGUCACAAUGUUACUGUAGCGCAUUUGAUAUAAAUGUAAAUAGGACAAGUACAUUUUCACUUGGUGCGGUAGCAUUAGUAAUAUUGUUUACUCGUGUGUCUGCGUGUAUGUCUGCGUGUGUGUGAAUUCUCGCAUUGCAGCUCUUCAAACAAGAAUAAUGCACUGUAAUCAAGGUUCAUUAUUGUCACAAUAGAAGAUUCAUCAGAUCAGCUUCACUUUUUAGCAUCAUGAGUACCACAACAUUUGACCUAUGUCAGAAAAUCCAUCCAUCCAUCCUUUCUCUAUACCGCUGGUCCUCACAAGGUUCGCGGGUUCGCCUAUCCCAGCUGUCCUUGGCCGGGAGCCGAGGUACACGCUGGACUGGUUGAUGGCAGAAAAUACGUAGAUGAAUUUUGAUGUGGUCUUUUGAUUGCUUACCCCAGAAGAAGUCCAAUGGGUAAACAUUUUAUUCACCUUGCAACUCAAGUCCCGGAAUUCUUAGUUACUUACAUUCAAAUCUGGCUAAAUGAAUGUGCUUACAGCCAAAACCCACAAGGUUGAAAGGGUAACAGGGGUAGGGAACCUAUGGCUCGGGAGCCAAAUGUGGCUCUUCUGAUGACAGCAUCUGGCUCUCAAACGUUUCUUAACACGAUAACAUUAUUUUUUAUUUUUUUCGCUGACAUUUUAAAGUAAAACAUUACAGAAAUCAGUUUUAAAAACAUUCAAAAUAUAAAACUUUCUUAUUCAUUUUAAUACAUUUUCUACCACAAUGCAGUUGGGCCACAGCCAAUGCCAGCUGUCCUUCCAAUAUUUUACAGGUCAGACACCAAAAUUAUGAUUAGUACUGGAAAAAGCGGUAGCCUAUCUGGGUCAUUGAGAUGUCAAGAAGUGAAAUUACCACCUUUAGCCAAAUAGUCAGCUAACUAAUUCUGCAGAGCCAACCCUUUUGACGAAAUUGGCGAAAAGAAAGAUUCGGAGUAUGGUGCAAAACCUGCAGCACCAGAAGUCACAUUAAUGGUAAGAAAGUAUAACAAUGUUAUUAAAAAGAAUACAUUCAAAGACUUUCUUCGAUUGUAAAAUUGUUGUUCUUGCUUAAAAAUGCACACAUUUAGUUGUAUUCAGUGUUAAAACAUAUUUUAUGGCUUUCACGAAAAAUACAUUUUAAAUAUGUGGCUUUCAUGGCUCCCUUGGCCAAAAAGGAUCCCGACCCCUUGUCUAGAAUAUGUUCAAAUGCAAGAAUUGAGGUAGAAUACCAUUGUUGAUGGAAACAAUUAAGGCUUUCUUAUAUAUGCGAAGUACAUAAGACGCUUUGAACUGAAGGCUGACAUUUUUCAUCAUGUAUGAUUUUUUUUAAUAUAUAUUUUUGUUACUUGCAGGCAUGCUUCUCUGAAGAGCAUCUAUUCAGAUUCUUAGAGUUCCAUGGUAACCUUGAAAAUACUCUUAAUACACUACUGUAUUGUCAGAAACAUUUACUUAAAUUAAAGGAAAACAUGCAGAAAA